UGUACGUUAACAACACAUGUGCCAGUAAGGUCUAGGUGCGGUGCGCGGAUAUACUAUUUUCAGCUGCUGCAAGAUCCAAACAGCUGGUUCCGGUUGCUUCCUCACGCUUGCUUCCUCCUGUUGUCGUUCAUAUUGGCUGGAUAUUGUUUGGCCCUGGAUCCUGCCGAUAAGUCGGGAAUGUGUUCCUACUACUUGCUGCACACCAUCACCGUGAGCUUUGAGAGUGUGUGGUAAUUUGAUUCGGACUAUGUAAGUGACUGGAGAGUGGCCGGAUUUCUUCUUAUUGCUGCCUCAACCCCAACGGAUUUGUAUCUGGUGUGAUCUACAUACAUAGUUAGUGUGGCUGUUGGACUUCUUUGGCCUGUGGGGGUUGUUUGUUCAAAAUAUUCAAUCCUGUCUAUAGUGGCUUUGGCGCGCUUGGCCGAAUCGUGAGUGACAUAGUGUAAACAUAUUUAUCGUCGCGCUGAAUUAUUAAGUGGAUUUCGGAGGUCGAAAUUUAGCAGCUUGCAGCUUGAAGUGUUUGCAUCCCGCGUGUUUCGUUUUUCACGAUUGGUGAACCAUUUCCUAAGAGGCGCUCUUGAUUACAUAAGUACUUUGGCAAACAAGCCCUCGAACCUCGGAAGGGGGCAAGCUUUUCCCUUCGUUUGAAACAGCUGUUUUCUUUGGAGCUUCCAUUGUUGAGGCUAACUUUGUCCUAUCAUCUUGAUUGGCAGUGAUUGGUCUGGAAACUGACAAGUUGAAGUGGCUAACUUUUACUGUGAGUGUGAAUAAUUGUAAGAUUUUCCCGUUCUGCUUUGACCAAAGUUUCGCGAUUCCCAACGAUUAACUUCGGAAAAGCGAGGGUGUUGGAAGAAAUUUAUCAACGCAAACGGAAGCCAGAUAGGAUUAACUACUCGCAGCUACAAUCGAUAGUUCUCUGGGAUAGUUGGCCGCAUAUCAUCGAUGGUACUGGUAAGUUCUGCCGUUCUCGGAGCGGCCGCUGGGACCGGACUUGCUCUGCUGGUGGCCGUCACGAUUGUUAUGUACCGAUACUAUGUGGUCCGCAGGAAAGGAAAGGAGUGGGCCGAGCUGGACCGACUGGAGGAAAAGAAAGCAGCUCGGAAAAUCAACCUGCAGCAAGAAUGUAGUGUCCUCAGCGGAUCGCUUCCGGUUCAACCGGUCUCCACCAUACAACCUUCGGCCUUGACCGGAGAAGGAAGGGGAGGACCCGUGGAUGUCAGCUCCAGUCCUUUACAGCCAACCCUGGAUCAGAAGAAACAACCGAGUUAUACGGGACGUCAAAAGCCACCAACAUCAGCAUCACGGAACAAUAGCAUGGAAAGUGUACACUCACGCGCAUCGAGCUGUCGAGAAUCGCCUAGAAUAGCUUCAAGUGCUAAUGUCGAAACACGAUCAACCAUUUCCGAUAACUUUGUCAUUCAGAAAUCUCGUUCCCCGAAUCGAAUGCGUACUUACAGUUUGGAAGGGAGACUUCCGUUGGGGUUCGAUAGCGAUGGGCGUUUUUCGAAACCCAGCCAAGGCAGCUUAACUUCAGUGAUAAGUGUUAAUCCGAGGGAUAUUGCAUCGCCCAAGAAACGGCUCAGUACGGUUUCCAGCUCUACCUUGCCUCGACAUGGGGAUAUGGCAGUUCCAGAUAGUCCUAGUGGUUCGAUACGGUCCGAUAGCAUUCGGUCCCCGCGUAGACGGGUACCGGUUAUCAUGGCAGCUAACGACAUUCAUACAGUGUUGGGAAGAUUUCAUCUGAGAUUGAAGUACGACGGCAAUAAGGAAGAGUUGUUCGUACAUCUUAUUGAAGGACAAGAUUUGAUUUCCCCGUCGGAAGGUGGUUUUCGUGAUCCUUACGUGCGAAUGUUUUUGGAUACCGACGACGAAAAUCGAACCCUCCAAACGGCCAUCCACCGAGCGGAAACGCAUCCGUACUUUGAUCAGAACUUUAAUUUCCCGCUCAAGUCGAAGAACUUGGUGAAGACAAAUUUCAUCUUGCAGCUACUGGAUUACGAUCGGUUUUCCCGGGACGAAGUAAUUGGCGAAAUUCGAUUCCUGCUGAACACGUUGGACCUAUCCGGGUGCGAAAUCUGGGGUGAUUUGAUAGCGAUGAAAAAAACCACGGAACAUUCGCCGGAGCUGCUGAUCUCGCUGAGCUAUCUGCCCCAGGCCGAGCGCCUCACCGUUGUUGUGAUGAAGGCGAAAAAUUUAAAUGUCCUCCACGAGCCGUUCGUCAAGUUAUACCUGAUUAUCAACGACAAGCGGGCAAAGAAGCGCAAAACCAGCGCCAUCCGGGCCAUGGAUCCGGCCAAUCCGAUAUGGAACGAAGCAUUCACGUUCGAUCUGCCGGCCUCGCAGAUGCAGGACGCCGGGGUGGAACUUUUCGUGUCCUCCAAUGAGGGUGAACUGCACGAGCCGGGUUGCGCCAUCGGUUUGCAGGAAGGGGGCACCGGAUCACAGCACUGGCAAGAUCUUAUGCAGAACAACCGGAAACCGAUUGCCAUGUGGCAUGUGUUGAGAUAAAUUGUUUAACUUUUAGUUUGUCUGCAACGAUUCUUUAUGGGAAUUAUUUCGGAAAAUGAAUGAACUUAACAUCGUUCUUCCCUUAUUUUAAUAUUCUAACAAAAAAUUAAGGUAUUAUUUUUCAUAAGCUCACAAACCGAUAUGAAUUUUCAGAUCAAAUCCUCAAUUACUAAUCCAACUUCUAAAAUAAAUUAGAUCUACUCUUAUUCUUUAAACUUUUAUAAGCGUCCAAAGGGGUAAAGAACUGUUUUCGAUUUGCCAAUUGCUGAAUAAACAUAUUUUUUUUAUAUUAUGCACUUCAUUUUAUGGUAAAAUUUGUUAUGAUAUACCUCAUAGUAUCUAGAAGAGGAAUUCCUAAGUUACAACUACAAACUCUUUCGACCAAAGCAUGUUCUUUGAAAUCUUCAAUUCUAAAUUUCUAUUGAUCAUCCUUUUAUUUUAUGAUUUCUCGUAAAUUUUUGUGUCGAAAUCCUGACAUGAACUAAUGAGUUGUAUGUAUCAAAGUUCAUUCUGCAGUAUUUUUAUCCCUUUUAUGUAUAGUGUUGUUAAACUAAUUAAAAUUCAAAACAUGGGAUGGAAAGUCGAGCUCGAUCUUUUUGAUCCUAACGCAGCUGCCAAGUAUAAACGAACAUCCUUAACUACACCAUCGACCGCCAUGAGCCGAAUCGUAGCGUAGGUGCUAAUCUACGGGCUCCGACAGCUAAAAAAACGUUCCCCUAAAAACUACAUAUAACUAGCACGAGUCGCUCUAUGCUCAGAACGAAUCCGCAAACUGUGCUGCUACCAGAAUUAUCUUAAUCGACUAAAACGGAACUUCAAGACCAGUACGAAAAAAUUUUUUGGUGCACGUGAAAAAUCAGCCUAAAGAAGCGUCCCACAUGUUUUUGGACAACAUCACAGCUAAUUCCGACCCCGAAAUUUGCGAGCUCUUUGUCGAGAAAUUCUCAAGCGUCUUUACAGCUGGGUUCAUUUCUUCAGAGCAUCAAGUCAGAGCUGUCUGGAAUAUCUUACCUUUAGGUUCAUCUUUGAAUGGUUUCCAGAAAAGUUGAAAAAUUCUACCUAUACCGGCCCGGACGGUAUGCCAACAACUUUUUUGCAACUUUUUCCUCACUGUGGAAGGAAGCUCAUAUAUUUUCUGUACACAAAAAAGGGGACAAGACAGAUGUUAGCAACUACUGUGAGAUAUGGACUGAUGGUUUUCCCGUUUUGCAAGCUUCACAUUUCCAACGUCCAGCAUGGAUUCAAACGAUCCACGCCUACCAACUUACUGAGAUUCGCAUCUUUCAUUCAAGACUGUUUUGCCAGGAAGACCCAAACUGACGCCAUUUAUACCGAUUUGACCGCUGCUUUCGACAAGGUGAACAAUGAUAUUGCUAUCGCAAAGCUCAGACGCUUAGGAUUCUGUGGAUCCCUACUGGUUUGAUUCCGAAGUUAUCUAACGCCUCCUCAGAAGUGCCCCAAGGAAGCCAUUUAGGAUAGAUAAUUUUCGUAAUGUACUUCAAUGACGCACUCUCGCUUCUCGACGGCACAAAACUCGCAUAUGCUGAUGACCUGAAACUUUUUCACGCCAUAAACAACUAAGACGACAUCGAUUUUCCCGUCAGUGACACACUCUUUAUGCGGAGUAUGCAUCCUUGAAGACGAAACCAUCACCCGGGUAGACCACAUUAACGAUCUAACGUUAUCCUCGAUCCGCGGCUGGAGUGAAGAAACCAUGGAUUCCUGUUUCGCAUGGUCGAAGACUUCUAAGAUGUGUUCUGCCUUAAAAGUCUUUAUUGCUGCAUAGUUCGUUCCAUUCUCGAGUACGCACCAGCUGUUUCAGGCCCCUUCUAAAUAUCAGAACGGAGCUGAACGAGGCUAUCCAGCGGUGCUUCCUGCGGUAUAUCCUACGUUACUUGAAUUGCAUGACCCGUUUCCUUUGCCAAGCGCCUCAUAGACGUGGAUACGCUUCAAGUUCGUAGAAACGCCACUCGAGCUCUAGUUGUUGCUGACCUACUGACAUCGAGAAUUGACUCUCCCGCAUUGCUGGAGGUUAUCACUCUCAGUGUUCGACCCCGAGGAUUAAGAAAUCAGCUUUUGCCGUUCUAUUUACGUGCCCAUUCACCUGAACAAUUAUGGGGCCAACAGCGUUUUUGUCGGAAUCUUGAAAACUCUUAACCGUUAUCCUGAGCAUUUCGACUUCAAGGUUUCGAGGAUUGUGUUCCGAACGAAAUUUCAGACGUGAUCAGAAAUGUGUCGAGUGGAUUUUAAUUUUAAUAAGUUAUAUCAUUUGGAUAAACAUGUGAUCCGUUCAUUUUUUAUACACUGUUUCAAGAAAAACGCGUUUAACACUAGAAAGACCGCACCAGUUAAAAUGACUGGUUGGACACUUUGUUUGUUGAAUAUCUUUAAAACACUACGCUCUAAAAAUUCGCAAAAAAUACGACUUUUCAUGAAUUUUGAAUCUCUACAAACCUGUGUAUUUUUUAUUUCACUAGCUCUUUUAAUAAGCGAGAAAAAUUUCGCCAUGGACACUCGGACCGUGACCAGUCAAAAUGACUGGUAAAAUUCACAACCCUAUAACUCAAACAAGAUAAAUUUUUUUCGCUUGCUUUUGGUUUCAUUUGCAAUCUACAUUCAAGGCAAUGAGCCUUAGUUGAUUUAUGGUGGGCAGGAGUGUGUCAUUAGCUAUGAAAUUAUUGAUUUUCGAUGCGAAGUCAUGAAAAUUUGGAGAAGAAGUUCCCGGAUUAACCGCUGUGUGGCGCUUCAAGCACUUGACUCCCAAUUUUUUUAGUCCGUUUUGUUCCUCAACUAUAAUCAAACUUUUUGACAAAAUUUGGCGAAAUUUCAUCAAGAUUUGUAAAAGUUAUGUUAGAUUUAAUUUAAUUCGGGAAAUCGAGUAGUUUUAGGUGAUAAAUAUGUUUUAUACUAAACUAGAAUGAGUUAAAUAAUUAUGAAUUGUGUACUCAUUUAUACAAAUUUGAAGACAUCAGCUAAGAAACCGAAUAAUUUAAAUGAUAUUUCAACAUGGGUGCACGGAAUAUUGUUUAUAUGUUGGUUAUCCACCAUGGGUGCACGGAUACACCGCAGUUUCUGCCCAAGUAUGUAUUCACAUGCAUUCUUAGGUUAUUAGGUUCCACAAAUUUCCAAUGCAAGUUCACUUACAGGUAUUCCGGCAGCCGUGUAUAUACCUGGCCAACUGGCAACUUAUUGAACAUUCUUAUUGAACAUUCUUAUUAUAAGAAGAAACACGUCUUACCUGUCGGCAAAUUAUGGGGUGUGAAACCCAAGUGUUUUCUUGCUGAUACUGGGAAUCGAACCCAGUACGCCUGGCAUACCUAGACCAGACUCUCGCCAGGCUAUCUGAUAGACCACAUCGGCGCUGAGAUAUUUCAACAUGGGUGCACGGAUUGGCUGUAAAUUCGCCGUUGAGAAUUAUAUAGAAAUAAAUAGUUUUCAACUUGCUUCAAAACACAACAUAUUUUUGAGUUAGAUAUGAUAGGUAUUUGAAAUGCAAUAUUGAUCAAUCAAAAAACUUUUAAGGAAAAACAAAUCAAUGUGUACAAUGUCGAUUCAUUAUUUUUAUUUUCAUUGUUUUCUGUCACACCACAUAACUUGAUGCAUAUAAUUCCUAAAACUCACUCGGCCCAUGGUAACAGUUUUCCAAUUAUUUUGAUGUUGAUCAGAUCUUAUCAGAUAAAUAUACGAUUGCAAAAGCCUGUUUUUUAAUAACAAUUAAAUCAAUUUAUUAUUUCAAGAUACUUUGAAAUAUUUCUUUUCCAGGAAUGAAAAAACGGAACUAAAAAUAAAAAUCGUUAUUUAAAUUACUAUGUCUCAACAUAAAAGACAUGGUUUCGACUUUGGUUUAGUUAAGAUUUGUAAAAAUGCUUUUAAAAAUUUGCAAAAAGUGUAAUAUUUGAUCAAAACGCAGUGAAUCCGUUCACCCAUAGUGAAAAACCAUGUAUUUAACACAAUUUUUCAUUUGAAUCUAUAAAAGUAUUUAUUCUUUACCUUUAGCAUGCAAAAAAAAGAUUUUGGAUGAAUAGCGGUGAACCCGUGCACCCAUGGUGCAUUGCUCUACUUAUAGAAAAAAUUUGCUUCAAAACUUACAAUAUCAGGUAUAAUUUAUAGGUAACGUGUUGAAAAAUUUCAGAGCGGUGGAUGCUAGAAAAUAUCUACUAAAACAAAAUUGAAGUGAAACCGUGCACCCAUGGUAAAAAUCUAUAACCAUCUAACAUGAUUUUAUAAUUAAAUUGAUAAUGUGUUUUAAUUUUUUGAUAAUUGUUUGAAAUAUUCAUUUUAUGACAUACACGCAUUCGACAACUAUGCGAAAAUGAGGUGAUUCCGUGCACCCAUGGUGAAAAAAUAUUUCCAUUUUAUAACAAAACUGAUAUCGAAUAAAUAAAAAAAGAAUUGCAAAAGAAAAAAGUUAAAAUAUUAUGAUAUUUUUUUUUUUCUUUUACCAGUCAUUUUGACUGGUCGCGGUCCGAAUAGGUAUAUUCAAUUUGCCGGUCCUUCUAGUGUUAAAGUUUAACAGGUCCCGAAGCCCCCAGCUAAAAAAAAUGUUCGGCUUUGUUUUAUUCCUUUCUUAAAUACCGACAUAUGGAUGGAGCCACAACGCUGUUUUUUUUUUAUCAAUUACUAUGUACAGAGUUUCAUAACUAAGAACGUGAAACAUCAUAAAAAAUGUCUUGUCGGGAAAUCCCGGGAUCGGACACUCUUCCCUUGAUGAUCAAAACUAUUUAUGAUUUCAAAAGGUAGUCGAUGAACUCCUUUGAAUUCAGCCACAGUAUUUGAAAAAAAACUAGUCGUUUGUCGAGAACCUACUGAGGAUGCUAGCAAUUAGCUUUGGAAACAUAAGUAGAGUAAAUUUAUUUAUUUAUUUAUCAGAUUCUAGGCUUCAGCCUUUGAUCCUAACAAGUUACAACACAUCUAUGAUAAAAACAUCUUAAGACUUUUUUUUAUUUGUUCUCUGGACAUAGUCAGUUUGAUUACAUCAGCAUGUGCGUUGUAAAGCGCCUUGAUUCAAUACAGGGUGACAAAAAAGUCCUGUCACACUUUUUUUUUUGGGGUCGCCUGUAGCCUAUACGUUGUACCUCUCUGGUGCCAUCUAUAUGUCAAAUGAAAGGGCUAACUUUGCUGACCACAGUGGCAGAGUUUCGUUUCUGUGCAGUUUGUGUACAUUAGGUUGUGAGUGGCAGAGUUGAGAGCAGCUGUUAUCACUCAAUAUGUGAGAGCGUACAAACCCGGACACAUAUUCAAUAUAUUCAAACACCUAAAACCGCUCGUAACCAAUCGUAAAUUCGUGUACCAGACCAUAAAUCGAUCCUAGAGACCAGAGGCACCGAGGACAAGACACGAUCUGGACGACCAAGGUCUGUGAGAACUCCAAGGUUGAAAAAGAAUAUACGAGACCGGAUGUGCGCGCCGCUUGCGACGACUUUCCGAGACGUCUGAAGUUGGUUCGAUCAGAGAAAGGUGGUGUAAUUCCGAGAUAUCGUCUGUGAAGUAUCUUGAUGAGUUAAUGAAUAAAGCUAUGAAAAUCAGAUUCUGAUUUUCUUCUUAUUCUUUGAAAUAUUGAGAUUUUUCUGUGUGACCGGACUUUUUUGUCACCCUGUAGAUUGGUUCAUUACGACCGUAAUUCUGCAUUCGAUUUGGAAGCUGAAACGGUCUCACGUUGCGCAAACUGCAACGUCCUUCGUUUUCAGAAAUUUGUGAUACUAAAUUCGGUGAAAAGUACUUUCCACUGGCCAAGUCCUUUAAAAAUUGCGCAUCUGUUGAUUUCCUCCGAGUUUCGGGUGACUCCAGUCCCACUAACAUAGACAAGGAUCGGAAUUCCGGCAUUUCUUCUUACCACCCAAGGUUUCCUAAGGCGUAUCUAAGAAAUUCUUUUUUAACCCUUUCAAUCCUGUUUUUAUAAACGUUAUAAUACGGCUACCACACUAUACUGGCUGCCGUACAGGGAAGAACAGUAUAUCAAUACAAAUACGUCAUGCAGCUCUCCGAGAAACUCGUUCAUAACAGUGACGAAAAGAAGAGAUCCCAAGUGACUCCCUUGCGGUAUGUCGCUGUUGACCGAGAAUACCCUGGAUCUCACAUUUCCUAUCUUCACAAAUUGGACUCUUUCUUUCAGGUACCGUACCUGUGGACGUUUAGUUUUUAGAAGCCAUUUAAGUUGAAAAGUGGACGGUACUUCUUUCACCACCGGCCGAUUUCUUUGUAAUACAUAUUAUCUGAAAGUCUAAAUUGCGACAAACGUUUUACAUGAACAUAGAUGGAACUUAGAGAAAUAAUGGAAACGUUGUUAAGAUUAAAAUAUAGUCUAAAAUUUUUUGUGCUUACAUCGCCGCACAGCCACCCAUCAGCCAGCCAGUAGCUGUGAGCUACUUGAAGCAAUCAAAUAUGUACUUAACUUGAACGCAAUUCUGAAUCGUCACACUCAAAGUGAUUCCUCCCAGGGAGGCCUCUUUGGGAGGAGCGCUGAGCCUCUGAGGGAGUAAAGAGUGACUGGCGCUCUCAGCGAUUCUGGUGGUAGGAGUAGCGAGAAAGAGUUAUUUUCGACUGCCAGGAGUUUGGGAGUUCGUCCUAUAUGAGAGGUACUGCUCUGCCUCUUUUGAGUCGCGCCUCAGGUAUGAACGAAUCCACUGAGGAGAAAUUCCGGUGAUCCCAUUUUUAAACAGCACUGACAAGAGAGCAUUUAUGUUAAUCACGUCAAAAGCCUUUGACAUGUCGGUAUAUAUAGCAUCGACUUGAAAACCCUGCAUCAUCCAUUGUGAGGUUCGAGAGACGAAUUCUGCCAAGUUCUUAACCGUUGAUCGCUUUUUCAAAAAGCCAUGCUGAUAGUUCGAGAUUUUCGCUACGUACCAAAGAUAUAUUUGGUCAUAAAUUAUGCUCUCGACCAGUUUGGGUAUGGCAGACAGAAUUGCUAUCCCACGAUAAUUUGGGACGAUGUGCACAAUGUGGGAGAUUUUCCAAAAUUUCGGAAACUGACCUCUACGAAUUGAAGUUGAGAAGAGCAUUGAUAACGCUCCACCAAGGCGUUAACGCAUUUUUUAAGAAACGAAUUUGGAAUUCCAUCAGGUCCACUAUCUUUGGAUUCAUCAAGCAGCAAAAUUUUUCUUUUAACAUCCGUGAUCGAUAUUCUCAGCUCAGGAAUAACUUCUGUCGUGGUUUAGAAUUCUAGCUCUGGAACCGUAUCGUUAACGCUGUAAAUGCAGUGGAAAUAUUCGGCAAAUAAUUCCGAAGCCUCAUCGAGGGUAUUGGCGUCUUUGUUGUUAUAAGAUAUAUUUUUCGGGACUAACUUUGUCUUACGUUUGGAGUUGACAUACUUCCAAAAACGGUUCUGGUUGAAUACCUUUUUGAAGUUCCUUCAAAUAGGAGAUAUGUUGGGCUCUAUGCAAAGUAUUGAAAGCAUUGGCCGCGAUUCGGUAAGCAGUUUUAUCCAGCUGAUUUUUACUUCUGCAAUUCUUUUUAUAUUUCUUUAAUUCUUUGAGAAGGCAAAUUGUUUCGGCGUUGAACCAUUCAGGGUACUUAGUUAGAUUCGGCCUUUCUAAAAGUAUUCUACAAUGCUCUAGCAAUAUGCCGUAAAAAACAUUGUAGAAAGAUAAAAUUUUCAGAAAGGUUUUCGAAAACACCAAAAUUGCUUAAAAAGUCAAAAAUGCUUUGGGCGCACGGUCUGGCGGUAUCAACGUUAAAAUCGUCCUUCAGUAUAAAUACGUUAUUCCAUUCAAUCCUCAGCAGUGAUUGAGAUACGGCUACAUCAUAGAAACUCUCAUUAGAUACCUUGUUAUCCUGAGCCCUGGCCCUGUGUCCGCGUAAUGCAAUUUAUCUACAGUGACACUUAUUACCAUUGCGUUAUGAUAAAUGUACUCGAACUUGGUCCCUAUGGUAUGGUUGACUAGUUUCUCAAGAUUUUAGCCUUUCUGUAGUAUGCACCUUUGCAUGUCCUUAGACAAAUAUGAUUGCUAACUUGCCUAGAAAAUAGUAAAAAUUUGGCUUGGUUGAAAACUACGGCUUAUUUGAGAUAAAUGCUUUCAAUCUUUUGAUUGAAAUGCUCCAAAUUGUAGCCCUUCCUGUGUUCCUAAAAUUGGCCAUCUAUAAAAGACACGCGCCUCACUAAUACAGCAACGGGUCACAUGAAUCCGUUGAUAUUAUCCUGUAAGGAAGCACGAAAAUGUAUUGUAUUGUCUUAAAAAAGUCGGGGGUACACAAUGUAAAACUUUUAGAAUUAAUACGCAUUCAGAAUCAUGAUCUUAAGUUAGAAAAGUUUCAGUUUUUUGUUUUUUUCCAUCUCCUCCCGCUGACGCACAGUGCUCUGUAAUCCAAAUCAAACUUCGUCAAAAUUUUAUUUUGGAAUUCACAGGAAAUUAAGAACAGUGAAAAUUUAAUUUUGUUAUAUCAUUGAGUUUCAACAUUGUCAUUCAAUUUUUUUAAUCAAAGAGAAUUUGGGUUUCUCAAAUACUGUGACUGAGUUUGAAUGUUGUUAAGAAAAGGAAAACUUAAAACUCUCAGUACAAUGAAGUUGUUAGCUUCUGCAUAGAAGGCUUGUAAACAGAAAAUUCGUUUACAAAAAACUUUUUUUAAUUUCGAUUUUAUGCAAGUGAUGAGGAGCGAAAUAAGUAAACUUUACGAAAUUGGACUUUUGAUCAGGCAUUACCUUUGAAGAUUGAAAUGCUAUAAAAAAGAUAACAAUAAAACGUUGUUUUGCGUAAAAUACAAUAUCGAUUAAAAUUUUCAUCUUUUAACAUUACUUUUUAAAAAUCAAACAAAAUAAAAAUAGCUUUGAUUCUCUAUAUCAUUUUUAUUGUUUUAAACUCCUCUGUAUCUGCGUCAUAAUCGCAUUGUCGAAAUAUUUUUUCAUAUCAAAUUAGAUCUUUGUUUGUUAGAAAAAAAGUAACAGUUUGAAAACAAAUUAUUUGUAUGUUUUUAAAAUCGAAUUUUAUGUUUUAAUUUUACUUAAAACCCAAAAAAACACUUUUUAUUAACAAAUGAAUUUUAACGAGAAAUAAGAAAACAGAUUUUGAAAGACAAAUCAUACUACCCUUCCACUGCUGUUAAUUAUAUUUAAUUUGGUCCAGCCGUUUAAAAAUCAUUAAUUUUUCAUUAAAAAACAAAAACUUAUUCUUAAUCCAAUAGAUACAAAAACACAAAUUCAAUCAUUUUCUCUUUAUUAGAGUUUAUUGAUAACAAAAUAGCUUAAAGCAGUUGCAGAAAUGUCCAGACCCCAACCGAAGGUUAAACAAUUUACUGCACAAAUUAUAUGAAAUCACAAAAUAAGCAAAUAAUACAAAAAAUUAGAUUUCGGAUUUAGUUACGAACGUGCUUCAUAAUUUUCAAAUUUGUGUUUCAAUAAAAAAAAACUGAUACCUUCCAGCCAAGGUUUCAACAGUUGUUUGUUUUAUGUGAUAACGCUUGUAGAUAGAUGUAAACACUUUCGUUGAUCAUAUCUUUAUCAUAGCCACAAUAAAGUCGAUCAUAGUUUAAAUCCUAUCACUACAUAACAAACAUUAUUGAUAUAACAGAAAGUAUAAAGAAUUGAUUAAAAAUGUAGAGCGUUUUUUACCUGCAACACACACAACAAAAAAUAAAUGUAUGUACAAAAUAUUCAAAGAGCACCUAAAACGCAACGCACUUUACUAGUGUUCCAUAGAGUGCUACAUUCAGAAAAAGCAUCUAACAGAUAAGUUUUCCAUUUGAUGAAUUGCACUGGAAAAGCCGUCAAACGGUUCAAGAACAAUUAGACUGAGUUUUCAACAGAUAAACGUCACGAAACUUAUGAUUCAACAAACUCAUAUGCUUUUUUUUGAAACUUUAUCAAUGCAGUAGUAUCAACAUAUUGUAUGAAUCAUCGAUGGCAGAUAAGAUAGGGCAGUUUAUAAACAAACAUUAGAGCUUAAACAUAAAUAUUCAUAUAUUAAUCAUAUUCAGAGAAUUUUAUACAUAUAAAUAUUAUAUACUUAUCUACUACCGACACAGUACUCUUACAAAACAAAUGGA